UGAGCGGCAGCAGGGUCGCCGUGUUGCCGGGGUGGUGCGGGUGUCUACCCCAGCGCGGUUUCGAGACCCUGCCCUGCCUCCUGCUUAGCUGCCGCCUGGAUCUGGGUUGGGGAGUUUUCAGAUUGCUUUGGAGAAGCCAGACGCUGAGGGGACCACGGGCAGGAGCUCCUGUUGACAGGGCUGAGUCCUGGGCUCCGAGGGACUACUGGACAGAACGAGGCCCACCCAGCCCUCUGGGGUUUUCAAGACUGGAGGAAGGGAGAAUACCUGGACUCUGCCUUUUUAAAAAGCAUUGAGGAAAAUAACAUGCUACAGGAGAGCUUGCUAAGUUCCUUAGGCAACAGAAGUAAUCACUUCUACUUUGUUUCUCAACAUUUUUAUCCUUAUUAACCCCCUUCCAUGAAACCUUAAUACACCAGUAAAUUCUGUGUUUGUUUAUCUACUGUAGCCCUUUGCAGGGCCACAAACCUUUGUAAUAUCUAAGAGAUUUUUUUCUCAUCACCCCACAAGAGCCAUUUUUAGUCCCAGUUGAGAAUGUAUGUUUCAUCUCAUUUAAAUCCUGUGAGGUAGUUGUCACCAUCCUUGUUUUCCCACUAGGAAAUUGAAGCUUGAGGAGGAUAAGUAGCACCACAAGAUCACAUAACUAAUAAACGGGGGAGCCCGGGUUCAAACCUGUGCAGUCUGUCUCCAGGCACAUAUUCCUUGCCAUUGUCUGUGUUAUGCUUUUAGAAGUAGGAACCCCCAGGGAAUUCCAGGCCCUAGAACAGAGGACAGGAUUAACUCUGGAAGGGAGGAGCUGCCGCAGGAGAUCUCAGAGCCCAGUUCUGAGAAAUCCGGGGAACAUGUUAAAGAACUGGCUGAUUAUUUUUAUCCUUUUUCCCCUGAAGCUCAUAGAGAAAUGUGAGUCCACUGUCAGCCUCACUGUUCCUCCCGUCGUGAAGCUGGAGAAAGGCAGCUCAGCCAAUGUCAGCAUCGCCCUCGGGCAACCAUUAAACACAACCUUGGUGAUCACUUUUGAAAUCACAUUUGCUUCAAAAAAUAUCACUAUCCUUGAGCUCCCUGACGAAGUUUUGGUGCCUCCUGGAGUGACAGAUUCCUCUUUUCAAGUGACGUCUCGAAAUGUUGGACAAGUUACUAUUUACCUGCAUGGAAAUCAUUCCAACCAGACUGGUCCAAGGAUACGCUUCUUGGUGAUCCACAGCAGCGUGGUGAGCAUCAUAAACCAGGUGAUUGGCUGGAUCUACUUUGUGGCUUGGUCCGUCUCCUUCUACCCUCAGGUGAUCAAGAACUGGAGGCGGAAAAGUGUCAUUGGUCUGAGCUUUGACUUCGUGGCCCUGAACCUGACAGGCUUUGUGGCCUACAGUGUGUUCAACAUCGGCCUGUUGUGGGUGCCCUACAUCAAGGAGCAGUUUCUCCUCAAAUACCCCAAUGGAGUGAACCCCGUGGACAGUAAUGAUGUCUUCUUCAGCCUGCAUGCAGUCGUCCUCACUCUGAUUGUCAUUGUGCAAUGCUGCCUGUAUGAGCGAGGCAGCCAGCGCGUGUCGUGGCCUGCCAUUGGCUUCCUGGUGCUCUUGUGGCUCUUUGCGUUCAUCACCAUGAUUGUAGCUGCAGUCGGGGCGACCACAUGGCUGCAGUUUCUCUUCUGCUUCUCCUACAUCAAGCUAGCGGUCACGCUGGUCAAGUAUUUUCCACAGGCCUACAUGAACUUUUACUACAAAAGCACCGAGGGCUGGAGUAUUGGCAACGUGCUCCUGGACUUCACUGGGGGCAGCUUCAGCCUCCUCCAGAUGUUCCUCCAGUCCUACAACAAUGACCAGUGGACACUGAUCUUCGGAGACCCCACCAAGUUUGGACUCGGCAUCUUCUCCAUCUUCUUCGACAUUGUCUUCUUUAUCCAGCACUUCUGUUUGUACAGAAAGAAACCAGGGCUUCAGGCGGCCCACACAGGUUCUGGCAGCCGUCUCAGGCAGGACUGAGUGCUGAGCUUGCAGCCAAAGGCUUGCUCCAAACAACCAGUGUUUCUGGCAGUAGCUUGAAGGGCUGACCCUGCAGCCGGAUUGCCAAGGGCACUUUGCUGCCACCGCUGUGUUUCCAGAGACCCAGCAGCCAGGUGCUAUGGCCAUUGGACUCAGAGGUGCUGGUGCUGGUGGCAGAGGGGCUAGGACUUUGGGGUCAGGCCUUGGGGUCUUUUCUCUGAAGUCCGCUUUCCUGACACUCAUCCUAGGUAACUCAGCAUCUGUGACUACAGUCACAGCUUGCCCACACCUGAGCAUUUCUGAGCCCACCAUACUGGUUCUGAAGUGGACUCACACCCAACACCCAUCUUAUCACAGAGUCAGAUUGUCACACUAACUCCUUUCAGACAUUUUGGAGAGAUGUCUUGGAAGUGGCUCGCUUUCUUCUGCCCUUUCCUACCUCCACCUUCCCAGAGUCAGGUGGGGUCCCACCUGAGCACCCCAGCUGCUCCUUACCCUGCAUCUGGGGUGCAGGACAGGCAUACACAUCGUUUCUCUCCCUCUUGUUACCAGUCUGUGCCUUAGAGGCCUGUUAGACCUGCCAAAUGGUGAGAGGAGCUCCCCUGGAGAGGAGGGCAGGCACCCUUCCCUCACUUCUCCCAGCCCUCCCCCCCCCAGACUCACCAAUUUGGCUAUUCAGGAGCCUCACAUAACUUAAGACCUCACACAACCCUUAUGGGCUCGACCCUUACCUCAAACCUCCUCCUCUCCUACCCUAAGCUGCUGUCCUUCCUAUGGCAGGAGGGGAGGGUCCCCGGACGUGCCUUGUACAUGCCUCAAGUUUGUCAGUCUACCCUGACUUUUUUUACUGCAAGAUCAAUGUGAGGGGCCUGUAUCUCUAAUUAAAACCUGACUUGUUUCCUUUCUGCA